AUGUAUGUUUUCAGUAGGAACCAGUGCUUCAUUGAGGACGGGGGGCCGCCUGCAGACGGAGAUCUGACGGCUCGACUGACGAGGCCGCGCAGGGCGAUGCCGGCCAUGACCGAGCUCGCUCAGCCAAAAACUAAGAUGAUUACUGGACGGGUGUCAGAGUCGACUCACACACACACACACAGACACACACACACACACACACAGUGCACAAUCAGGGGGCGAUCUGGGGUCCACUGUCUCACCCCUCAAUGGUUGGUGAUCAAACCACCGACCUCCUGCCCAGUGGACCAUGUGACAUGUGUCCUCUCCUCCUCUCUAGUGAAGUACAUCCGCGAGGUGUCUCCGCUCUUCAAGAAGCCGUCCCUGGUGGCCGACCUGCCGUGGGACGGCGUCCGGACGCAGUCGCCCAGCUACAGCGGCAGCGAGGACUCGGGGUCGCCCAAGCACAGCGGCUCGUCCUCCUCCAAAGACAAGAAGGUCAUCAGCCUGAGGAUGUGCUUCAUCAGCAGGAACCUCACCAUGCCAGAUCUGGAGAGCAGGCUCCUGGAGCUCCACUCCCCGGACGGCCAGCACACGGUGGUGCUGCGCUGCAAGGACGGCCCCUCCGCCUCCUCCUGGUUCACCGCCGUCCACACCAACAUCGCCGCCCUGCUGCCACAGACCCUGGCUCACGUCAACGCCUACCUGGGGGCCUCGUCCUCCACCUCCACACACCCCCACCUCAAACACAUUGGCUGGUUGGCCGAGCAGGUGCAGCUGGAGGGCGGCCGGCAGCAGUACCGCCCCCUGGUGAUGGCUCUGACGGAGAAGGACAUCCUGCUGUUUGAGUCGGUGCCGUGGAACAGAGAGUGUUGGUCCAUGCCUCUGCUCACACACCCACUGCUAGCCACCAGACUGGUCCACUCGGGCAGUGCCCGGGAGUCCCCCGCCCCGGGGGCCGACCUGGUGUUCGCCACCCGGACGGGGACGGGCCGGGGCAUCGAGUCACACCUCUUCCGGGUGGAGACCCACUGGGAUCUGUCCUCGUGGACGAGGGCGCUCGUCCAGGGAGCGCACGCCGCCGCCGAGCUCAUCAAAGAGGUCUCUAUCGGCUGCACGUUGACCCGGCAGGACGUCCGGCUGACGCUGCACUACGAGAAGGGCUUCACCGUGACCAGGGAGCAGGUGGAGCCGUCGGGCGGCGCCGUGCUCUUCAGGUACCCCUACGAGAAGCUCAAGAUGUCUGCUGACGAUGGGAUACGCAACCUCUACCUGGACUUCGGGGGUCCAGAGGGAGAAAUGGUGUUUGACCUCCACUCGGGUCCGAAGCCCGUGGUGUUCGUCCUCCACUCCUUCCUGUCGGCCAAGCUCACCCGCAUGGGCCUGCUGACGUGAGGCCACCAGCGACGUGGCUGAGAGGACGGGCCCAGGCA